UUGAUUAACAAGUAAAUAAGCAAAAGCAAAGAAAGGCCAAAAAACAGAGCAUCCUCGAGAUAGAGUGUUCCAGAGAGAGAGAGAGAGAGAGAGAGCAAUGGAGGGAGUGAAAGGAGGGACUGGGUUUGGGUCACUGGCCGUGGUGGUGCUGGUGCUAAUGUGGGCCGAGAUGGCGAUGGUUCCGGGGGUCUCGGCUACUCGGUGGAUCGUGGGAGCGAACAUGGGUUGGACAACCAAUGUCAACUACACUAUUUGGGCUCAGGACAAGCACUUCUACAAUGGUGACUGGCUCUUUUUUGUGUAUGAUAGGAACCAGAUGAACGUGCUAGAGGUGAACAAGACAGACUAUGAGUCGUGCAACUCGGAUCAUCCUCUUCACAAUUGGACUACUGGAGCUGGAAGGGAUGUGAUGCCACUAAAUGUGACUCGAAAUUACUACAUCAUUAGUGGCAAGGGCUUCUGCUAUGGUGGUAUGAAGCUAGCUGUACAUGUUGAAAACCUUCCACCUCCUCCCUCAACUUCCCCUCUAAACGAAAAGAGCAGCUCUCCUAGUUUGACUUCCAGAGGAAAAUUUGUUUUGCCAACGGUUUUUGCCAUUGGUGCAGUGUGGGAUGCAUUCCUCCGGUUCUGGUAGCAGUGGUGAUCUUCAAAAUUCAGCAUUUGGUGAGAGGGUAUUCGAAUUAGACAUUCCUUAACCAGUUUGUGGAAGGAAUCGAGUUGUCUUCCACUUUCUUCCUUUUUUCUUUUGGGUGGGGGUAAUUUAUUUUGUGCUAUUUUUCUUCAAGGUAGUUGGCCUGCCGUUGGGUGUUGCUUUGAUUGAGGCUUUGAUUGAGGUAUUGAGUUUCAAAUGUUGAUUAAGAGAUUGUUUUAUUUAUUGGCGCAAUAUUCAAUGCGUAAACUGUGGGAUAUGUUGUUCUGUUUAUUGGUUUAUGAUACGAAUGGAUAUAUGUGGGGCCUUUAACCA